GCUCCCAGGUCGCCCAGCUGUUAACGUCAAAUAAAAACGUAUACGUGUGUGACCGUGUGACCACAGGUCACCAAAAACAGGAAAAUGUGGAGGUUUUUCAACAACUAAACAGCGGUCGUUUUUGAUGAGUGCCCCCCUUCAAUUUUACGACUUUACUCUGCACAACCGGUAGAAAUGGCCUCAGGUGGGGCCCCGUUGCCAGCGGCCACCCAUUGGUCCACCAAGGUGGAGCUGACCAUCUCCUGUGAGAACCUCAUGGACAUGGACGUCUUUUCUAAGUCUGACCCUCUGUGCGCCUUGUACAUUAACACGUCAGGCUCCCACUGGUAUGAGUUUGGACGCACAGAGAUGAUCUUGAACUGCCUGAAUCCAAAGUUUUCCAAGAAGUUUGUGGUCGAUUACUAUUUCGAGACGGUGCAGAAGAUGAAGUUCUGCGUGUAUGAUAUUGACAAUGACACCCAUGACCUGGGGGAUGACGAUUUCCUGGGGGAGCUUGAAUGCACGCUGGGACAGAUCGUUUCUAACAGGCAGAUGACCCGAUCUCUAUUGCUGAAGGACAAGCGGCCUGCAGGUCGUGGGACCAUCACAAUAUGUGCCGAAGAGAUAACCGACAGCAGAGUGGCCAACUUUGAGGUGUCAGGCCGCAGUCUGGACAAGAAGUUUUUGUGGUGGUCCGAUCCUUUCCUGGAACUCUACAAGCAGACGGAGACUGGAUGGCAGCUGGCUCACAGGACCGAGGUGGUAAACAACAACGUAAACCCAGUGUGGAGGCCGUUCCGCGUCUCUUUGCGAUCUCUCUGCGGAGGAGAAGUGGAGAGACCUAUAAAGGUCGACUGCUAUGACAACCGUGUGAGCGGCGCUCAUGACCUUAUUGGCAGCUUUAAAGCCACGCUGGCGGAGAUGCAAAUGGGAACACACGUUUCCCCUGUGGAAUUUGAGUGCAUCGCCCCAAAAAAGCUGAAAAAGAAAAACUAUAAAAACUCUGGAGUCAUUUGCAUUAAGAACUGCCAGGUGGUGAAGGAGUACACCUUCCUGGAUUAUAUUAUGGGUGGUUGUCAAAUCAACUUCACUAUUGCCAUUGACUUCACAGGCUCUAACGGGGACCCCAGCUCCCCCCAGUCCCUCCACUACAUCAACCCUGAGGGCUACAAUGAGUACCUGUCUGCCAUCUGGACAGUGGGCAAUGUCAUCCAGGACUAUGACAGUACCAAGAUGUUUCCUGUCUUUGGUUUUGGAGCCCAGCUGCCUUCCACCUCGCAGGUUUCCCAUGAAUUUCCUAUCAAUUUCAAUCCAGCAAACCCCUUCUGCGCGGGAAUAGAGGGUGUGGUGCACGCCUACCAGCAGUGUCUCCCCCGGUUGAAGCUCUGGGGCCCCACCAACUUCUCUCCGAUUAUCAACCACGUAGCCUGCUUUGCCAGACAAGCUCUUCGCCAGAAUAUGGCCUCACAAUACUUUGUGCUGCUCAUCAUCACAGACGGUGUGAUCACAGACAUGGACCAGACAUGCACUGCUAUCGUGGAGGCCUCUCGCUUGCCCAUGUCUAUCAUUAUCGUGGGUGUGGGAGGGGCGGACUUCAGCGAGAUGGAGUUCCUUGACAGUGAUGACGAACUGCUGUCCUCGCCCAGGGGGGACGUCGCCUCCAGAGACAUCGUCCAGUUUGUGCCCUUCAGAGAUUUUCAAGGAAACCACACGUCCCUUGCCCAGAGCGUCCUGGCGGAGCUGCCUGAUCAAGUGGCUUCCUUCUUCAAUUCUUACAAGCUGAAACCCCCAAAUAUACUCCGUGAAUCUGACCCGUCAUAGACAUUCGGGUUAAAGUACCCCGAUGACCUCAUCUUCACUAACCCUAACCCUUCUGCAUUUUCGAGAUGGAAUAAAUUAAUGUGGGUAACGCAGACAAGCAAAUAUGAUUUUACUUGAUUUAAAGUUAAAGAAGAAUAUCUUCUGUUUCUAAAGAUACAUGAUAGCUUGCAUAGUGCAUGCAUUACAAACAUUACAAAUAUACUACUUAAGAGGGUGGUAUUGCAGUGUUGAUGUAUGCCAUUAUUUUAUUUAUUUUUCAUGUAUUACCUCUUCUCUGCUAUCUUGUGCGAACUCUAAAUAAGACCUUUUGAGUCUCAACCACCAAUUAUAUGAGAAAGUAGUGGACUCAUAAUUUAACUGAUUGUUAAGCGUUGUGUCCCCUCCAUAACACUAUUUUAACACUAUUCUUGCAGUCCUGGUUGGAUCGGUACAUGCAAGCAUUGUUGAAUUCAUCUAUGUUUAUCAUGCUGAGCGUGAUCUUUAAUUUAAUACUUAAAGUUAACAUAAGUUUGA